AGACGAGUUUUGUAUGUCAUUGGUGUGGUAGCCGCAUUUCUCUGCUUCGCGGGAAGUUCAGCAACCUUUACGGCAAUAUUUGUUGUUUUUUGUUCUCACUGUUCAAGGCCUAACUCGUUAUUGGUAUGGUUAAAUGGCCUUGCAGCUGUAAGCUUAGCCGCCAUUGGAAUAACUAUCUUAUAUUUUGUAAUAUUUGGCUGCCGAGAAGGAGAUAACACUGAAAAUGAUGCUGACGUUGUCAUCUCCGAAAUUCCCGCUGAAGACGUGGAAAAAUCGCCAGCUCCUGUAAUUCCUUACAAUCACAUACCUCAUUAUUCACCGUUUGUACAACCCUCUUCAAGGGAUUUGCCAGAUUAUUUUACCACAAUACAAAACAGCAAUGGAGGGGAUUUACCGGAUUAUUAUAGUAUUCUUCAAAAGGGCAACGGAGCUCAGCUUUUUGCGGACGCUGAAAUCUCAGGAGACAUUACACCACCAUGUUACGAGAAAGCGCUUGAAAUGACUCGUUCUGGAACGGCAUGUGUUGACGUACGAUCUAGCAACAGUAUAUGACCUUUUGUUUGAGGAAAAGGUAUUAUCAUAAGCCAAAAUGGGACCAUUAUGACUCUUUGUAUUAUGUACCUUGACACCUGUCAGAUAGCUGCCGCAGACGUCAAGUCAAUAAUGGCAUUACUUUCACAAAAUUCGGUUGCUUUUUCCUCAGGGAAAGGAGAACGAGCAAAACGCGAGCGCGUGUGAAAAUCAGCCCCACGAGAAAGAAGAGACGCGGUGGGAGAGAGAAAAAUGACCACGUCUCUCGUCUCGCGUGGGGUGAUUUUCACGCGCGCUCGCGUUUCGCUCGUUCUACUAUCCCUGAGGAAAAAUGGGGACUACUCGUAGUCUAUGGUCCUACAUACACUUAGGCUAUACUCACCCCCACGGGUACCGGGUAGCUUCUCGUGCCGACAGGAAAAGCUAUCCAAUAACGUAAACCAAUCCGAUAUGUGACUCUCAGUCUUAAGAGAUCGGCGAGGGGCAGCAUCGCUCCGAAGGAGAAAUCGCGCCGAAAUCACCGUUCUUAUGUGUGAACUUAAGCCCUAUCUGGUGUGAUUUUCGUGAAAGUUGUCCAGUAUUGUGUGAACGCCUGACAGCCUGACAGACAGGAAGAACAAGAGGAGUUCACUUUGGAAACCAAAACAGUCCACCGUGCGCUAAUCAGGAUUUCUGAUGCUUGUUGAGAGAAACUGAGAAAGAAAAUAGCAUGAUAAUUUCUUUCACCUGUAAAACAAUAAAUGCAUGAUAACCGCUGCUCUUUUCAGAACCUAGUUCUCAGGACUUAAGGGGGAUGAAGGAUGAGGAACCCUGAAAACGAGAUUAUCACCCAGUCAUCAACCCCACAGUCCCACAAUCCCUUGUUGUCCUUGAAAUUCCCAUAAUUCUUGUUGCUUCGUUCAUGCUUAUGUAAGUUUUGUAUUUCUUGUCUUUUGCACUACGCAGACUAUCGCUAUUGUGGUGAAAAAAAUUUGAAAAUUGCCCGGCCCCUUAUUUACGGCCUUGAGGCACUUUCUGUACCAGAGUCUGCAAAACAUAUUAUUUUUAGUUUCUACGUGGCAUGCGCCCUUGUUGUCCAUUUUUGACCAUUUUUUUGAAUCGUGUUCUCAGGGUUUUACUCAUUGACUUCUCUCUCUAGGGAGUGAUUGUAACGGAUAAUAUGAGGGAUUUAUUUCACGAAAAACCGAGUUUUAAAAAGUUAUAGGCACAAAUGAUAAUAAAUUCUGUUCCUUGUGUCAAUGAAACAAAAGUGAAUGGAAGCCUCCAACAGAGACAUUCUUAGGGUCUUGUCACGCGUUCCUAGAAACCAAGGCCUCCUCGGUCAAAGCAUUUCACAACCUGAUAAUAAACGCACAGCCUCGUCCCCAGGGCGCUUUUCCCUGGCUUUGGAGGUGGGGUGCCCCAACUUCAAAGCCAAGAAAAAACGCCCUGGGGACGAGGUUGUGCAUUUCAGUAGCGAUUCAAUACGAAACAAACACUCGCUCGGAUCACGUGAUCCGAAACGCAUAGGCCGCGCGCAAUAAUGAGGCCUAGGGACAAGGCAAGAGCCGUCGUGGGAAGCUAUCGGCACUGUGUGGCAAUGGGCUAAUUUUUUUUUAGGCCAACAUUCGGCUAACUAUAUGGCCCGCCCGAGCUAUACUGUACUGUGAUGGAAAUGAAAAUCACGAUACUUGUCUUAGCCAAUAGACAAGGAGCCAAAAGGAGAUAAAAUAAACUUAGUCCUUCGAUUCUCUUAUGCUCGACUUUAUUCUCAUCCUAAGAGACGAAAACUUUGUCGCUGAAAUUUAUGCUGUCAAAAAUUCAGGCAUUUAUCAGGCCUGGGCUAAUACGGUAAGGUAACUGUAACCUAAGAUCAAGCUCUAUUUUCGUUUCGCUUUGAAAAUUACAUUCCGGCCGGCAAGGCGAAACGAAACGGUAGCCGUUAGAGAGAAUGUACGAGCACCGCUAAAACUGGGCCUGAUCUCAGGUUACCGCAGUUACGAAAAUGAAAGGGCCAUCAUGUUCCUUUCAAACUAUCAUAAGAAGCUUCAAAUUAUUGUCUGGUACCGUUCCCACUAAAUCUUUCAAAAAUGUCACAAUAUAUUGAGGCAGACCUGUCAUGGAAAUGGCCCAAGUGUGGAAGAAGGCUUUUAUAUGCAGUCUUAUCGCUGUUCUGUUUCAUGGCAUGUGCAGUAGCUUUUAUUAUGGGAUUUAUGAUGUUUUGUCCAGAUUGUGCAUCUCCAAACACGCUUUUACUGUGGGUACAUUUGGUAGGUGCCUUUCUGUUAUUCGCCAUUGGAAUGAAGACAUUGGUCACGAUAACAUUCAGCAGAGGAAGGCAAAACACUCCUCCAGCUCGGGUUCUCAUUUCUGACGCUCGUACGGGAGAUUUGGAGGAUUCACCCGCCAUUCUUUCUACCCAUCGCAUACCUCGUCGUUUACUGUUUGUUGUAAACCCACUACAUAAUCUAGUACCUCGGCAAAACCAGGCCACUGAAGAUCUUUCUUGGAGAGAUUUGCCGGAUUAUUUCACUGCUCUACAGAACAGUAAUGACGCACGUGUUGGGGAAACGCAUUUCAACGAAGCAUUUUGCACAGAAUACGUGCCCACAACUCCACCUCCAUGUUACGAAGAAGCGCUUGAAAUGACACUGAUAGCAAUAUCU